UUUCGUCUUACUUUCGGAAAAUAGGUCUUUUCACUGGUGAAAACUUGAAUACUUCGAUAGCCUCCAGGAAGAACAGUUCCAACAUCCAACCCAGUGUCAACUUUCGUUUGUCUGUUAAAAGAAAAGGUUGCUUGUGGAGGCUAAUAAGACUGUUGGGUUGCUCUCAGUUGGAGAUUUUAUUGGGCUUUAUUAUUGGAUUUUGGAAGCUCGAGUCUUCUGGGAUUUGCAGAGGAAAAAGGUCUAUCGUUGAGCAGAAAAUCUGCGGUUCGAGAAAUGUGCUGCCUUUGGUAGAGUUUGUUGCUAUUUUUGGUACAUGGGAACAAGUUAUCAGAAAUAUGGAUGCUGGGGAAGAUAGUUCUAGAUUUGCACCAAGACCAAGUACAGCUUCGAGGAAUUUGUCAUCCUCAUCUUCAGCGUUCUUUUCAGCAAAUCAAUCACCUUUUUUCUCUCCAAGAUCACCAACAUGUCAGUUACCAGCACGUUCAGACAAUUCAAGUCAUGCUACCAAUGCUUAUCCUAGUGCUGCAGCUUCUUGUCCUCCAAUUGAUCUUCAGAAGUUGGAACAAGUUUCUUCUUCAACAUGCAUUUCUGACUGCAGACUGUCAAGCUUUGUACGUGGUCAACAGUAUCGUGAAAAUGAUUAUAUGAGGCCCAUAGUGAAGCAGAAAAAGCUGGGGAAGAUGAAUGAAACUUCAGUAAAUUCGACUUCUACUUCUUCUUGCUCAAAUAGAUUGAGGAGUUGUGACGUGUACAUAGGCUUCCAUGGUCGCAAACCAUUAUUACAACGCUUUACUAAUUGGCUUCGUGCUGAGUUGGAGGCUCAAGGGUUGAGUUGCUUUGUAACAGAUAGAGCUCGUUGUCGAAAUUCCAGGAAACAUGCUAUUGUUGAAAGGGUGAUGGAUGCUUGUACAUUUGGGGUUGUGAUCUUAACAAGGAAGUCCUUCAGAAAUCCAUAUACAAUUGAAGAGCUGCGGUUUUUCUCAAGCAAGAAAAAUUUGGUUCCGAUAUACUUUGAUCUGGCUCCAGAGGACUGCUUAGUCAGGGAUAUAAUAGAGAAACAAGGGGAGCUAUGGGAAAAACAUGGUGGAGAGCUCUGGGUACUCUAUGGAGGACUGGAGAAGGAAUGGAGAGAUGCUGUUUGUGCCCUUUCUCGUGUGGACGAGUGGAAACUUGAGGCUCAUGAUGGGAAGUGGAGAGAUUGCAUACUCAGGGCUGUUACUCUUUUGGCAUUGAGAUUGGGAAGGAGAAGUGUCGUCGAUAGAUUAACAAAGUGGAGAGAGCAGGCAGAGAAGGAAGAAUUCCCUUUCCCACGAAAUGAAAAUUUUGUUGGCAGGAAGAAGGAAUUAUCAGAGCUGGAAUUUAUGCUUUUUGGCGAUGUUAGUGGAGAUGCAGAAAAGGACUAUUUUGAGCUAAAGGCCAGACCUAGGAGAAAGAAUCUGACCAUUGGCUGGGGUAGGAGCAAUUCAGUAGAUGAGAAGAGAAAGGGGCGACAAAGCGAAAACAGCAAGAGAAAGGGGAAAGAACCUGUUGUCUGGAAGGAAUCUGAGAAGGAGAUUGAAAUGCAGAACAAUGAUUUUCCAGAAUCACAGCAGCAUACCCCAAAACUUAAGAGUAAUGCAAAGCAUGGUAGGAGAAGGAGAUCCAUGAAGGUUGUCUAUGGAAAGGGUAUUGCUUGCGUCUCAGGAGAUUGGGGAAUGGGCAAGACAGAGCUCCUUCUUGAGUUUGCAUACAGAUUUCAUCAGAGAUACAAAAUGGUUCUCUGGAUAGGAGGCGAAAGUAGGUAUAUCAGGCAAAAUUAUUUGAACUUGUGGCCGUUUUUAGAGGUUGAUGUAGGAGUGGAAAAUUGUCUGGGAAAAAGCCGGAUAAAGAGCUUUGAAGAGCAGGAAGAUGCUGCCAUAGCCAGAGUUCGGAAGGAACUCAUGCGAAACAUACCUUUUCUGGUUGUAAUUGAUAACUUAGAGAGUGAAAAGGACUGGUGGGAUCACAAACUUGUAAUGGAUCUUCUUCCUCGUUUUGGGGGAGAAACCCAUGUCAUCAUAUCCACACGCCUUUCUCGUGUGAUGAAUUUAGAACCUUUAAGACUUUCUUACCUAUCAGGAAUUGAGGCAAUGUCUUUAAUGCAAGGGAAUGUCAAGGAUCUUCCAUUACCAGAGCUUGAUGCUCUACGGGCAAUUGAGGAAAAACUUGGAAGGAUAACUUUGGGCCUUGCUAUUGUGGGAGCAAUUUUGUCUGAACUUCCUAUAAAUCCAAGUAGGCUUUUGGAUACCAUUAAUAGAAUGCCUUCCAGGGACAUGAUGUGGAGUGGUAGAGAAAGUCAUUCAUUGAGGCGAAAUCAUUUCCUUCUACAACUUUUUGAGGUUUGUUUUUCAAUAUUCGACCAUGCAGAUGGACCAAGGUGUUUGGCGACAAGAAUGGUUCUAGCUAGUGGUUGGUUUGCACCAGCACCAAUUCCCAUUUCUCUUUUAGCUCUGGCAGCUAACAAGAUCCCUGAGAAACACCCGCGCCAGCAGCUCUGGAAGAAAGUAUUGAGCUCAUUAACUUGUGGCUUCACAUCCUCAUAUUCUAGAAGAUCUGAAGCAGAAGCAUCUUCAUUACUCUUGAGGUUUAAUUUUGCUAGAGCAUGUAUGAAGGAAGGUUGUAUCCAUUUCAACCCACUUCUGAAGCUUUAUGCCCACAAGAGAGGAGUCAUUGGAGUUGCACAAGCCAUGGUACAAGCUGUAAUAAGUCGAGGAUCUAUUAACCAGCAUUCUGAGCACAUAUGGGCAGCAUGUUUUCUGCUCUUCAGAUUUGGAAAUGACCCUAUAGUUGUUGAGCUUAAGGUGACCGAUUUAUUAUUUCUUGUUAAAGAAGUUAUCUUACCGCUUGCAAUCAGGGCAUUCAUCACAUUCUCACGAUGCAGUGCUGCCCUAGAACUUCUUAGGCUUUGUACCGAUGCAUUAGAAGCUGCAGAUCAAGCAUUUGUCACCCCAGUUGACAAGUGGUUGGAUAAGUCCCUCUGCUGGAAACCUAUCCAAACUAAUGCCCAGUUGAAUCCUUGCCUUUGGCAGGAGCUUGCAUUGUCAAGAGCUACAGUGCUAGAAAUCAGAUCGAAGCUAAUGAUGAGAGGGGGACAAUUUGAUAUAGGGGACGAUCUAAUUAGGAAGGCUGUGUUUAUUCGAACUUCCAUCUGCGGUGACGACCAUCCUGACACCAUUUCUGCAAGGGAAACCCUUGCCAAACUUACAAGACUCCUUGUUAAUGUUCAAAGCCAUACUUCACCAUAAAUAACUUUUUUCCUUGUAAGCAUAGUUCAUGGCAGCCACACACAAUUUUGAAUAAAUAACGUUUCAGUUCAGAAGAAAAGUUCAGUGCCAUUUCUACAUGAAUUAGAUAGCCAUUCUUUCCAAAAAUUCUUUA